UCUCCAAGUUAUUUUCAGAACCUCCAUUUUCACUAGAAAAAAAGGAAAACAAAUCUCCACUUUGUUUUUUCGAUACUCCCAAAUGGCUCGCACAAAGCAGACUGCAAGAAAGUCCACGGGAGGAAAGGCGCCAAGGAAGCAGCUGGCGACAAAAGCUGCAAGGAAAUCUGCUCCGGCGACCGGUGGAGUGAAGAAGCCGCACAGGUUCAGGCCAGGGACGGUGGCGCUCAGAGAAAUUAGGAAGUAUCAGAAGAGCACUGAGCUUCUGAUAAGGAAGCUUCCGUUCCAGAGGCUGGUUAGGGAAAUCGCACAAGACUUCAAGACUGAUCUCCGGUUCCAGAGCAGUGCCGUUUCUGCCCUCCAAGAAGCUGCUGAGGCCUACCUCGUUGGGCUCUUUGAAGACACCAAUCUCUGUGCCAUUCAUGCCAAGAGAGUCACUAUUAUGCCUAAGGAUAUUCAGCUUGCUCGCAGGAUCAGGGGUGAGAGGGCUUAGGGUUUAUAUAUGCCUAAUUCUUAGAGUUCCUCAUCUUUUGUAAUUGAAUCUACGUUUUCUCUUAUGAAGAUCCAUGUUGUUUUCUACAAGAAUGGAAUUUGCUCAUAACUUCAACUUAAAAUGAAUGAAUGACCAUUUUCUUU